UCCCCAUUUCCUCUUUCUUCAUUUUUCUCUUCUUCACUUGUAAUUGGCAUCACCAAAUUUCGGUGGUGAACACAUUGCUUGUGAUUCUCACGUGGGUUGCUGUGAUUCACAAACAUUCACGUAUGACAAAAACUAAUUAAGGCCAAGUUGGGCAAAAUUUUGGUCUGAAAUAAAGGACAAAGACCAACUCAACAUGAACAGACCCAUAAAUAGAAGAACUCAUAAAACCCAGUUCAUGGCCCAGAAAAAGUUGACGAAAACAAACAAAGGCACUUUGAUUCGAGACAUCAGCACUUAGAACUAUAGCCUGCAACAACAACUACUAUAGAUUAAUCCAGUGUUCUUCAAGGGUUUUGAGUUCUCAACACUCCCUUCCUUUUCUCAUCCUUACAAUUUCAUUCGCCAUUUCCUUGACAUGAUCCUCUCAAAACCACACUAAACCCAAAAUCUGCAGCAAGAUAACCAUGUCGAACACCGCCGGAUCAGAUCUACUAAAAACCUUUAAACUCAAAACAAAGCAACAAGAACUCCUGAUCCGAGUCUCAAUCCUCUGUCUUGUCUACAUCUUAGCCUUCAUUACCCGUCUCUUCUCCGUCCUCCGCUAUGAAUCCAUGAUCCAUGAAUUCGACCCUUACUUCAACUACCGUACCACCCUUUACCUUACCCAAAACGGCUUCUACGAUUUCUGGAACUGGUUCGACUCUGAAAGCUGGUAUCCUUUAGGCCGAAUCAUUGGCGGCACCCUUUACCCUGGCCUCAUGGUAACCGCCGCACUUAUUUAUCGCCUCCUCCAUUUCCUUCGUUUCGCCGUCCAUAUCCGUGAAGUGUGCGUUUUAACGGCUCCGUUUUUCGCUUCGAAUACGACCCUCGUUGCUUAUUUCUUCGGGAAAGAAAUAUGGGAUUCCGGGGCUGGGCUUGUUGCUGCAAUUUUAAUUGCUGUUUGUCCUGGUUACAUAUCCAGGUCCGUGGCUGGUUCUUAUGAUAAUGAAGGAGUUGCCAUUUUCGCUUUACUUUUCACGUUUUAUUUAUUCGUGAAGGCGGUUAAUACCGGAUCGUUGGCUUGGGGUUUGGCUUCGGCUUUUGGCUAUUUUUACAUGGUUUCCGCUUGGGGAGGAUAUGUUUUUAUUAUUAACUUGAUCCCACUUUAUGUGUUGGUGCUUUUGAUUACUGGGAGGUAUUCGAUGAGGUUAUAUGUUGCCUAUAAUUGUAUGUAUGUUUUGGGAAUGUUGCUCGCAAUGCAGAUUCGGUUUGUUGGAUUUCAACAUGUACAAUCUGGUGAACAUAUGGCCGCCAUGGGUGUCUUCUUCUUGAUGCAGGUUUUCUAUUUUUUAGAUUGGGUGAAGCACAUGCUUAGUGACACAAAAUUGUUUCAAGCCUUUUUGAGGAUCACCGUGACCUGUGCAGUAGCUGUGGGAGGUGUCGCCUUGGGAGUAGGCACAGUAUCUGGCUAUAUUUCACCUUGGACAGGAAGGUUUUACUCUUUGCUGGAUCCAACCUAUGCCAAGGAUCACAUCCCCAUUAUUGCAUCUGUUUCUGAGCAUCAGCCAACAGCAUGGUCAUCUUUCAUGUUUGACUUCCAUAUCCUGCUUUUCCUUUUCCCAGCUGGUGUUUAUUUCUGCUUCAAACGGUUGUCAGAUGCCACUAUGUUUAUCGUCAUGUAUGGCCUCACAAGCUUGUAUUUUGCUGGUGUCAUGGUUCGGUUGAUUCUUGUUGCUACACCUGCAGUUUGCCUUAUUAGUGCUAUUGCUGUUUCUGCCACCGUGAAGAAUUUGACUGUACUGUUGAGGUCGAAGAACAAGGUUGUCCAGACUGGUUCCACUAAAGGAACUAGCAGUGCAAAGGCCUCUUCUAAGGCUUCCCUUGAUCAAUCCCAACCUUUCCAGAAAAAUGGUGCUAUGGCAUUGCUCUUUGGUGCUUUUUACUUGCUCAGUAAGUAUGCUACCCACUGUACAUGGGUCACUUCAGAGGCUUACUCAUCUCCUUCAAUUGUGCUGGCUGCAAGAGGUGCCCAUGGGAAUAGGGUGAUAUUUGAUGAUUAUCGUGAGGCAUACUUUUGGCUUCGGCAAAAUACUCCUCCAGAUGCUAAGGUGAUGUCUUGGUGGGAUUAUGGGUAUCAAAUCACUGCCAUGGGAAACAGAACUGUUAUUGUUGACAACAAUACUUGGAAUAAUACACAUAUUGCUACUGUUGGGCGUGCAAUGUCAUCUUAUGAAGAUGAGGCAUAUGAGAUAAUGAGAUCACUUGAUGUGGAUUAUGUUUUAGUUGUCUUUGGAGGUGUUACAGGUUAUUCUUCUGAUGAUAUUAACAAAUUUUUGUGGAUGGUGAGGAUUGGAGGUGGAGUAUUUCCUGUAAUCAAGGAACCUGACUACCUUGUUAAUGGUGAAUAUCGUGUUGACAAAGGUGCAGCUCCUAAAAUGUUGAAUUGCCUCAUGUACAAGCUAUGUUACUAUCGGUUUGGAGAGCUGGUGACAGAAUAUGGCAAACCUCCUGGCUAUGAUCGUGCGCGAGGUGUUGAAAUUGGAAAUAAAGACAUUAAACUUGAGCACUUAGAAGAGGCAUUUACGACAUCUAAUUGGAUAGUUCGUAUUUAUAAAGUUAAACCACCAAAUAAUAGGUGGUAAGAGUUUCUGCUUCCAACUCUCGGAUCUUGAAAAGGACAUGGUAGAUGUAAUUGUGCUGGAGUCUUGGAAUAUAGAUUAGCUGUAGCAACCAAGCAUAUUUUCUUGAGACUGAGUUGGUUACAAUGUUCAAGGCUAUUAGGUUUUCUACAACCCCAUUUUUGCAGAUUUGAUACAUUGGCAUCCCCUUUUCACCUAUUUGGUUAAUUAAUAUCCAUCAUAUCAAUGAUAAACUGUCGUUCAGUUCCUUGAUUAUUUACCACUUUGUAACUGCCUUUCUAUGAGAGGUGAAGAAAUGAACGUUUCUUAGUAUGUCUCAAUUUGAAACUAUUAAGUUAAAACUUUUAGUAAACGUCUGAAUGAUUUGGAUUGAAAUUUAAAAUUUUGUGACAUUUCCUCAAUUGUACCACUAAUCUUCGAUCCUUCCACAAAAUUUCAUUUUUAUUUCUUACGACUUUUUUGAAUUCAUUUAAUAUGAAAAAGAUGUGCUACAUGCCGUUCACCUCAACUUCACAGGGAAAAUUAAUUUGAGCAUCCACACAUGCUAUGCAUGGACCUUUUAUAAAUGACUUAUUGCCCGAUGUGCGAUAAUGACAACAUAUUUCAUGUGGAAAGAAAAAGAGCAUGAUAACAAAACUUGUACCCAUGACUGGAACACAUGGACUCCAGCUCAGAAAAAGGAGAGGGUUCAAAGAAUUGAUUCUCUUUCUUGAA